UCUGCUGUGAUUGAAGAAGGUGAGCUAAUAAAAAUAUCAGACAUUCACGCGGGAGCACGUUUGAAUGAUGAUAUCCAAUUUAAAAACCACAGUCUACAACUUGAAGUUGCAAAGCAUCAUAUAGACACAAGAUCCAAAAAUCUCACUACAAGCGAAUGGAAAGUUGAUUGCUAUCAUUCUACUGUUGAUGUCCGGCAAUUCAAACAUUGUAUAAUUAGUGCCCCAGCUUCACCUUAUGGAGAUUCCUUCCUUUCAUUAGAUAAGUCAGGUACCGAGAGUCCGAAUGAAAUUCACCAAUUUAAAUUGCGGAAAAAGGCAGUCAGUGAAAAGGAGUACCAAAAAGAGCGUGAAAAAUCAGCAUCAGAAAAUGAUUUUUUCAUCCUCUUUACAAUAGCAAAUUGUAAUAUUCCAAUUCCGAAAAGGUCUGGAAUCGUAGAUGGAAAAGCUUUUACGAACUAUUUUGGACCAUUUGCUGGAAGAGCAUACAGAUCUAUCAGUAAUAAUAAAGUCAAAACCAUCCAUACAGUUUCUCUUGGGCAAAUGUGCUACGUGAGUCAAAUUAGCAGAGAACGAGUGAAUUCAAAAACAAAGAAAUCAAAUAAUUUUUAUUUCCGAAAAGGACUUCACAUGAUUUCUCGCAUUUUGCCUCGAUUCCUGUGA